AUAUUUUUCUGCACAGAAGAGUUUUUUUUUUUGCAUUGGAUUUUCUUCUUCGGAUUGUCGAAUGCCCGUCUCAAGCACCAAAUUUUGGUGCUUGGGGAUUACAGGGUUUUUGUGGCUUCUUUCUCUCUCUCACAGUAUCCAGAGGCCAUUGGUGUGUGCACAAGUUUUUUCCACCAAUCGUCUCGCUAAAUCGAUAAUCACAUAGAGAGAGAGAGAGGGAGAGGGGUUCUGUGGUUGCCUUGAAUUUUGACUUACAGCAAUGCGGGAUGUGACAAUGCCAGGUUGCUCAUAUGCAGAAGAAGAACCACUCGAUGUUGCGGAGUUGUUUCACGAAAAUAACCCAACUUUGAAUCUCGAUGAUGAUAUGGGUCUUGAAGAUUUGCUUAAUGGAACUUUGCAACAUGAUGAUGGGAAUCAGUUUGAUUGGGAUACUGAAAACCCUGUUAUGAACCAUGACAAUGGUGUUGAGGGUGAAAAUCCUGAGUAUGUUGGUGAUAUGGGAGAUGAAGUUGCUCCGAUUCCGGUUUGGCCUCCUGUCCAGACUCCGUUCAAUUGUAGUUACUGUCAAGUUCUACGAGAAAUCAUCCACCAAAAUGGCGCGAACAGUAUGAAGCUUGAGAUUCAUGGAAGAAUAGGUGUUAUAUGCCAUGCAAUUCAUGAGACGCGGACUAAUGUUAUCAAUGAACCUCCUAUUGUGAACCAUCAAAUGGUCGAUUUCACAACGCAAAGCAUGGACAGUGUGAAGCACUUCAUAGUUGAGUACUGUCAGAACCGUACUCAAGAAGGAUAUGUUUUAGUGCAAGAUCCAUUAUGGGUUUACUACGAUGCAUUAUGCUAUGGACUCAACUGGUUCAAUAACGUCCAACCAGAUGAACCCAACCCUCCCCCAGAUAAUACAGAGGCACAUCGUCCUAGAGCAGAGGAAGAAAAUCAAACUCCAGACGCUACAACUCCUAGGCCUAAGCCUGAUCAAGCGACACAGAAGCGAAAGGUCAAGGCAUUAACGCUAAACGACCUGACCAGAUGGUUUCACGUUACGAUAGUCCAAGCAGCCAAAGAACUACAACUGUCCCCAACGGCAAUCAAGCAUAAAUGCCGGGAAUUUGGGGUGGAACGAUGGCCAAGUCGAACGGUAGAGAGCUACAAUAAAAAAAUACUAAUCUUGGAAAAAAGUAUAAGAGAGGGAACCAGUAAACCAAAUGCAAGCAGGGAGAUGGAGAAUUUAAGAAAAAAGCUUGCUGACAUCUAUGCUUGCCUGCCGCAAAGGGACAACGUGUUGCCGGCAGCUAGGGGUCGAAGGAGGACUAAAUAAAUAUCAACGACGCCAUAGUUAGCGAUCACAUGAAUUUUCACAUUGGCAGUAAAUAUGUCAUGACAUUUACAAUUUGAUCUGCACGUUGUGAAUGGCUUGUAAGAAUGAUGGAAAUGGGUUAGUAACAGAUUUUUCAUUGCUGCUUUGAAUAAAAAGAAAAAACAUUACCGGAGUUGUUUUUCA